CGGGAGCGUUGGGACCGGGAAUCCCGGGCGCCUCCCGCGCCUCCCUCUCCAGAGUUACUGGGGCGUAUGAUGGCGGCAGCCGCCGUCGCGGAGGUGAGCAGCGCCAGCAGUAGCAGCAGCGAUACCUGUAGCACGGGCGAGGAGGAGAGGAUGAGGCGCCUCUUCCAGACCUGCGACGGCGAUGGGGAUGGCUUCAUCAGCAGGAAUGAUUUGCUGAUGGUGUGCCGCCACCUGAAUAUGGAGGAGUCUGUUGCAGAGAUCAUGCACCAGCUGGGAGCAGAUGAAAAUGGAAAAAUUUCCUUCCAGGAUUUUAGUCAGUGCCGCAUGGAACUGGUACGAGAAAUCAGGAAGGAGGAAGUGGAGCUCUCUGUGAAGUCGGAUGACUCUUGUAAAAAGAAAAAGUUAAGGGAUAGGAUAGCUUCCUGGCCAACUAGCAGCAAUAACAGUUUAGGAGCCAGAGAAAGCUGGGAGUAUGAUUCAGGAGCAAGAGACCUUCAAAGUCCGGACCUCCAGAGUCAUUUUACACUACAAAAGGUGUUGGAAUAUGGUGGAAGCAAUGAGACUCGACAGGCCCCUCUGCAAAGACUUCUAAAUCAGGCCUCAAAUUUUAGCAACUCUGUUGGAGGAAGCUACUUAGAACUUGCCAACACUCUUCAUUUAGCAGCCCUGGCUUCGUUGAAGGGAGACAUAGUGGAGCUUAAUAAACGUCUACAACAAACAGAAAGGGAGCGUGACCUGCUGGAAAAGAAAUUGGCAAAAGCACAGUGUGAACAAUCCCACCUGAUGAGAGAGCACGAAGACUUGCAGGAGCGAACAACACUACGCUACGAGGAACGAAUCACAGAGCUGCACAGUAUCAUUGCUGAAUUAAAUAAGAAAAUUGAUCGACUACAGGGAACAACGAUAAGGGAGGAAGAUGAAUAUUCAGAGUUGCGGUCAGAGCUCAGCCAAAGCCAGCAUGAGGUUAACGAAGAUUCACGCAGCCUGGACCGGAAUUCUGUUUCAGUACCAGAGAAUCAGUCCACCAUGGUCACUGCAGACGUAGAUAACUGUAGUGACUUGAAUUCAGAACUGCAAAGAGUGCUGACAGGUCUGGAAAAUGUUGUCUGCGGGAGAAAGAAAAGCAGCUGCAGUUUAUCGGUAGCAGAAAUGGAUAGGCAUAUUGAACAACUCACUACCGCCAGCGAACAUUGUGAUUUAGCCAUUAAGACUGUGGAAGAGAUUGAGGGUGUACUGGGACGUGACCUUUAUCCAAAUCUGUCUGAAGAGAGAUCUCAAUGGGAAAAGGAGCUAGCUGGCCUGCGGGAAGAGAAUGAGAGCCUCACAGCCAUGCUGUGUAGCAAAGAGGAGGAGCUGAACAGGACCAAGGCCACCAUGAAUGCUAUUCGUGAAGAAAGGGACAGACUGCGUAGAAGGGUUCGGGAACUGCAAACACGUUUGCAAAGCGUACAGGCCACAGGUCCAUCCAGCCCAAGUCGCCUCAUUUCAGCCAAUCGACCCAUUAACCCCAGCACGGGAGAGCUGAGCACAAGCAGCAGUAGCAAUGACAUUCCUAUAGCCAAGAUUGCUGAAAGAGUGAAGUUGUCAAAGACAAGAUCAGAGUCUUCAUCAUCUGAUAGGCCUGUCUUAGGAUCAGAAAUCAGCAGCAUAGGGGUGUCUAGUACUGUGGCUGAACAUUUGGCACAUUCCCUCCAAGACUGCUCAAACAUCCAGGAAAUCUUCCAGACUCUUUAUUCACAUGGAUCUGCUAUCUCUGAGAGUAAAAUCCGAGAGUUUGAAGUGGAGACAGAAAGACUAAAUAGCCGCAUUGAGCACUUGAAGUCCCAGAAUGACUUGUUGACAAUAACACUGGAAGAGUGCAAGAGCAAUGCUGAAAGGAUGAGCAUGCUUGUUGGGAAGUACGAGUCCAAUGCCACAGCCCUCAGGCUUGCAUUGCAGUACAGUGAACAGUGCAUAGAAGCAUAUGAGCUGCUGUUGGCAUUGGCAGAAAGCGAGCAGAGUCUUAUUCUUGGACAGUUCAGAGCUGCAGGUGUUGGUUCUGUUGGGGACCAGACAGGUGAUGAAAACAUCACUCAGAUGCUUAAGAGAGCUCAUGACUGCCGGAAGACAGCUGAGAAUGCAGCAAGAGCCUUGCUGAUGAAACUAGAUGGGAGCUGCGGCGGAGCCUAUGCAAUCACUGGCUGUAGCGUGCAGCCCUGGGAAAGCCUGUCAUCCAACAGCCACACAAGUACUACCAGCUCAACUACAAGCAGUUGCGAUACAGAAUUUACAAAGGAGGAUGAGCAACGGCUGAAGGAUUACAUACAGCAGUUGAAAAACGACAGGGCAGCAGUGAAACUGACAAUGCUGGAGCUGGAAAGCAUCCACAUUGAUCCCCUUAGUUAUGACGUUAAACCUCGAGGAGACAGCCAGAGGCUAGACCUGGAAAAUGCGGUCUUGAUGCAGGAACUUAUGGCAAUGAAGGAGGAGAUGGCAGAACUUAAGGCACAGCUUUACCUGCUGGAGAAGGAGAAGAAGGCAUUGGAAUUGAAACUGAGCACUCGAGAGGCCCAGGAGCAGGCCUACCUCGUCCAUAUUGAGCACUUGAAGUCUGAAGUGGAAGAGCAAAAAGAACAGAGGAUGAGGUCUCUCAGCUCAACCAGCAGUGGAAGCAAAGACAAAUUGGGCAAGGAAUGCAAUGACGGCACCACAGCAGCACCACCAUUAACACUAGCUGAGCUGAGACCAUACAACGAGAGCGAAGUGACUGCUGAAUUGACAAGUGCACUCAGGCGGGAGAAGAAACUGAAAGCUAGAGUGCAAGAGUUAGUGAGUGCUUUGGAGAGACUCACCAAGAGCAGUGAAAUCAGACAUCAGCAAUCCGCAGAAUUUGUUAAUGACCUUAAACGGGCAAACAGCAACUUGGUAGCAGCUUAUGAAAAAGCGAAGAAAAAGCAUCAGAAUAAGCUGAAGAAACUGGAAUCGCAAAUGAUGGCCAUGGUGGAGAGACAUGAAACGCAAGUAAGGAUGCUCAAACAAAGAAUAGCUUUACUAGAAGAAGAGAAUUCUAGACCACACACUAAUGAAACUUCACUUUAAAUGCAUCUCCUUCAAAGAUGCUUAGUGCCAUUAUGAAUUUAUUUCUUUCGGAGGCUGACUUAGGUAGCUUGAAACGCUAAAAGCUCUGACUGUCAAUGCUGACACAAUAAGAACCUUCUCUGGGAUCCUAGAGAGGUGUCUAUGGGGAUAAUGUGUUAACCUUAAGGACUGUUUUGUAAUGUCCUUAAUGUAAAUGGCAAAUGU